GAGGGCGCAUGCGCGGCAGAUGCGCGCCUGCGCGCUAAGGGCUGCCGGUGAGUCCGUGCUCCGGGCCUGCCGGCGCGUCGGUGCUCUAGGCUGAGGUGGUUGAGUCCGAGUUGGGGGGCGGGACGCGCGGCGCUAUGGCCGAGGGCAGCGGGGAAGUAGUCGCAGUGCCCGCGACCGGGGCUGCGAACGGCCUCAACAAUGGGGCCGGCGGGACCUCGGCGCAGACUAACAACCCGCUAUCGCGGAAGCUGCGUAAGAUCCUGGACACACGGCUGGACAACGACAAGGAGAUGUUGGAAGCUCUCAAGGCACUCUCAACCUUUUUCGUUGAAAAUAGUUUGCGCACUCGAAGAAAUUUACGUGGAGAUAUUGAACGCAGAAGUUUAGCCAUCAAUGAAGAGUUUGUAAGCAUUUUCAAGGAAGUGAAGGAAGAACUUGAAAGCAUACAUGAAGAUGUCCAAGCAAUGAACAGCUGUUGUCAGGAUAUGACGUGUCGCCUACAGGCAGCAAAGGAACAGACUCAAGAUUUAAUAAUAAAAACCACUAAGCUUCAAGCUGAAAGUCAAACAUUAGAAAUAAGAGCACAAGUUGCAGAUGCCUUCUUAUCCAAGUUCCAGCUGACUUCUGAUGAGAUGAGUCUUCUCCGAGGUACAAGAGAAGGACCUAUCACCGAGGAUUUUUUCAAGGCCUUGGGAAGAGUAAAACAGAUUCAUAAUGAUGUCAAAGUUCUCUUGCGUACAAACCAACAAACAGCAGGUUUAGAAAUUAUGGAACAGAUGGCCUUGCUUCAAGAAACAUCUUAUGAAAGACUUUACCGGUGGGCUCAAAGUGAAUGCAGAACAUUGACACAAGAAUCAUGUGACAUAUCUCCAGUACUGACUCAGGCGAUGGAAGCCCUGCAGGAUAGACCUGUCUUAUAUAAGUAUACCUUAGAUGAGUUUGGAACAGCCAGAAGAAGUACAGUUGUUCGUGGAUUUAUCGAUGCUCUUACAAGAGGGGGCCCAGGAGGUACACCUAGACCCAUUGAAAUGCAUUCCCAUGACCCUUUGAGAUACGUAGGAGAUAUGUUGGCUUGGCUCCAUCAGGCUACUGCUUCUGAAAAAGAACACCUUGAAGCUCUCUUAAAGCAUGUAACUGCACAAGGUGUUGAAGAAAAUAUUCAAGAAGUUGUUGGACAUAUUACUGAGGGUGUGUGCAGGCCUCUAAAGGUUCGAAUUGAACAAGUAAUAGUUGCUGAACCUGGGGCAGUUUUAUUAUAUAAAAUUUCUAACCUCCUCAAAUUUUAUCACCAUACAAUCAGUGGCAUUGUUGGAAAUAGUGCAACUACAUUGUUGACUACCAUUGAAGAAAUGCAUUUGCUGAGCAAAAAAAUAUUCUUCAGUAGCUUGAGUCUUCAUGCCAGCAAAUUAAUGGACAAGGUUGAACUCCCACCACCUGAUCUUGGACCAAGUUCUGCAUUAAAUCAGACACUCAUGUUGUUGCGUGAAGUUUUGGCAUCUCAUGAUUCUUCAGUUGUACCACUAGAUGCCCGUCAAGCCGAUUUUGUGCAGGUUUUAUCAUGUGUCUUGGAUCCUCUCCUCCAGAUGUGUACUGUAUCAGCCAGCAAUUUAGGCACAGCUGACAUGGCCACCUUCAUGGUCAAUUCACUAUAUAUGAUGAAGACAACAUUAGCUCUGUUUGAAUUCACUGACAGACGUCUGGAAAUGCUACAGUUCCAGAUUGAAGCACAUUUGGACACACUUAUAAAUGAGCAAGCUUCUUAUGUUUUAACUAGAGCAGGCGUGAGUUGUAUCUAUAACACUAUACAGCAACAUAAACCCGAACAGGGCCCUUUAGCUGAUUUUCCCAACCUAGAUUCUGUGGCACUGAAGGCUGCAAUGGUUCAGUUUGAUCACUAUCUGUCAGCCCCAGACAACCUGUUAAUGCCACAGCUGAACUUCCUUCUAAGUGCCACAGUGAAAGAGCAGAUCAUAAAACAGUCUACAGAAUUAGUCUGCAGAGCCUAUGGUGAAGUGUAUGCGGCUGUGAUGAAUCCAGUCAAUGAAUACAAAGAUCCAGAGAGCAUUCUACACCGAUCGCCGCAGCAAGUGCAGACACUUCUCUCCUGAUUAUCUUUGAAUGUGUUAGCAAAAUAUUGCAUUCCUAAAACACUGAAGGUUUUCUUCGUUUUUAGUCUGUUAACCUUUACUUUGAAAUUUGCUGGUUACAGUUUUCUUCAUAUCAUAAGAAUGCAGCUCCCAAUAAUUGCUUUGCUUUGGUCACAGUAAAGUGAAAGUAAGUAACACAUGUUGACCUGAGUCGGCAUCGCUCUGUAUCUGCACUCCACGUCUCUCCAGCUCUGCAGUUCCCCUCAAUUCUGGAAUAUAAAUAUGUGGGAAAAGAGUAGUAUAAGAGGUUUGAGGGAUUUUUUUUUUUUUACAAGAUUAGUUCUAAAUUAACUGUAAAUUUAAAAAUUAUCUAAACUUAGGAAUUAGUUUGAAGAUACGACCUAAUAUCUCUUUACCUAAAGAUUCAUUUGCUUUUUUGCUAGAUAUUGUGAGUAGGUAUACUUAAACUGAGGAGCAGAAAUGUACAUUCAGCAAAAAUAGGAAGAGAGAGAAGUAAUUUAAAGGUGACUUCUGCUCUGUGCCUGCCCUAGACUGAAUUCAAGGUGAAGUUUGGCACUUCAUAUGGGAUGUAGGCAUCCUGUGCUGCAUGUAAAUCUAGUGUUUAAAGAAGAAUAUUUGUGGUACAAUGUGGACUCUUAACUUCAACCAUCUACACACUUUGGUGUUCAAACCAAAGAAAUAAGGUGUACUCUAACCCUGCAGGAAAAAUGCCAGAGUAGCGGUUGCUAAUUGACGUUAUGUCUAGCCCUAUGGUGGUCCCUUGUUUGGCUCUGACUUUAGAACCGUACCAAGAGUAAGAUUCAGAAUCACUGUUUUUGUUUAAAAAAAAAAAAAAAUCUAAAUGUGUUUGAUGUGACUUGACUUUGACUUUGUUGGUAAGAUUUUGAGGACAGAUUUUUAUUAGCAAAAUAUCUUAAUUUCUGGUAAAUCCAUAAAAAGAGCUAAGUCUCUAAAUUAUAAAUGAGAAAAUGAGGCAUAAGGAAAAAAUUGACUAGGUUAAAAUAUUUUGAAAAGUAGUAAGAUAAAAUUACUAUUUAUAUAGCAAAUACAGAAUAUAUACCAAAUUAGUAUUUACAGAACAUGGCGUGUUCAUCUAUCUGAAAUAUUUUUUUGGAGCAAGAGUGAUUGAUUAUAUAUCAUCUCUUUUGGUAUUUAAUCUAUAUUUUUAGUCUUUUUCCUUCAAUGAGUAUAUGUGAUAUAUAAAAGAUAGAAAAUAAAGUAUGAUAUAAAUCAAGAGCUUAAAUUUUAUAUAAUUUAUAUCUACUGUGAGAAAAGAUUGCUUACGUACCAUUAGUGAAUUCGUUUGAUUUCUGGGAAAAAAGUAUAUUUAGUUUUUUACCUAAUUUUUUCAAAUAAAAUAUUAAACUGUUUUUAGAGCAGCAAUCAUUGCAGUAUUUUUAUACAUCUCAUCAGUGUGUUUUUAGAAAAUAUGCUAAUAGGAAAGAAAGUACAGUAUAGGGCCAAAUUGAGAUAACCAAUGGAAGACUGAUGAGCAGAAUGUGGUAUCAGUGUGAUCUUGAAAACUUAGUUAAAAUAAACGAUUGUAAGUGUUAAUUCAUUAGCUUAACACUGUAUUUGCUAUUUACUUCAUAGUUUGCAUUUUGAACUGUUUUGAGAUGGCGUAAGUGUAACCUUAGGUAAUGCGUGUCAGCCUUUCCUUCAGAGAGAAAAGGCAUUUGCCUGACCAAAACCCUCUGUGGUUGAACGUUUCCAUUUCUUUCUUUGUGCUUGUACUUGAACAGGUGAAUGUUAUCUGAGAAAAAUCACACAAAUAGACUGAUUGACUUUUUAAAUUCAUGAUCACAGUCUUCAAAUGGCACUCAAUAUUGCUUUGUAGUUCUACUCUGUCUCUGGUAAACUCACCUCCCCACUUUUCAAGAUGACUUUUCCACCCUCACUUAGUUAAUGACCUUCAUAAUUCAUUGAGAAAACAGAGCUGUUAGGCUAAUCUCCUGCAUUUUUCUACCCUCAUAUAUUGCACUCAUCUUCAUCUUUCCUCCUUUUGUGUUGGAGACAGUGUCCCUCCUCCUGUGACAGGCUUUUCCCUUCCUCUGGACUCUGGAUUCCAUUCUCUCACCUUCUCAGAGAUGUUUCUGAGUUAUCCCUCUCUUUUGCUUCAGCAACUUGUGACUUCUCUGUAGGAUUAUUCUUGACAGCAUACACAAUGCUCUAGUGUUGAUAGUAUU